UUGGCAAAGCGAGAGACUCUAGACAAUAUCUUGCAGGAUGUUUCACUGCUCCAUGGAUUGGGAAUCCAGAUUGUGCUCGUUCCGGGGGUCCGCGUCCAAAUCGACGAUCUUCUCCGGGAGAGGGGUAAGGAGAUUUGGAUCUGCGAGAGGAGGGACUCUAGUUUUUCGAGCGGAAAAGAGAGGUAGAGAGCCGAGAUAUGUUGGAGCUUACAGGAUAACUGAUGCUCACGCUCUCGAUGCUUCCAUGGAGGCGGCUGGAAAAUUGCGCGUCGAGAUAGAGGCGAAGCUCUCACGGGGACCAAGCAUCCCUGUUCUUCGUCGGCAUGGCGAGAAUGAAAGGUGGCACGAGUCCGGCUUGGGUGUUGCGAGUGGGAAUUUUCUGUCAGCAAAGCGAAGAGGCGUGGUCAAUGGAGUGGACUUUGGAGCGACUGGAGAAGUGAAAAAGAUUGAUGCGGAACGCAUCAAAGAGAGGCUCGACAAGAACUGCAUCGUCCUGAUGAGCAAUCUUGGGUAUUCUAGCACGGGAGAGGUUCUAAACUGCAAUACGUACGAGGUGGCGACGGCGUGCGCGGUGGCUCUUCAGGCUGACAAGCUUUUGUGCCUGCUCGACGGUCCGGUUCUUGACGAGAAUGGAUUCCUGAUUCGCUUCAUGACACUUCUUCGGGCCGACCAGCUGAUAAGACAGCGCGCAAGCCAAAGUUACAUCGCUGCCGAUUACGUGAAGGCUCUGGCGGGGGCAAGCUACGCGAAAAGUCUCGGUCUAGCGGACGUUCCUUUCACGAAUGAAAGGCGCGGUUUUUAUGUGAGUGCGUCCACCGGCGACUUAGCACUCAGCGAAGAGAACUAUGAUUCCUGCGGGAAGGGGUUUGCUGUUGGUGGCUUGGUGCGGACACAAGGAUACUUAUCGGAGUUGACGGCCUCUGUUCACGUUUGUCGGGCAGGGGUAAGGCGGGUCCAUCUCUUGGAUGGUACCAUUGAGGGAGCUCUUCUCCUUGAGCUUUACACCAGAGAUGGAAUAGGCACGAUGAUCGCAAGUGAUAUGUACGAAGGCAUUCGUUGUGCCACCAAGGACGAUCUUUUACGAGGGGAGCUGGAGCAUUAUGUCGUCGUGGAAAGAGAAGGAUCGUUAAUUGCCUGCUGCGCACUGUAUCCUUUCCUCAAAGACAAAUGCGCAGAAGUUGGAGCUUUCGCUGUUUCUCCCGAGUGUCGCGGCCACGGCCAAGGCGACAGCCUACUCGGUUCGUUAGCAGGGGAUUUUUCCAGUGCCCCCUGGAGCAACUGCCGGCGGCGAGGCGGUCCGGAAUAG